CACCAGGAGAAGAGCUGGAUUUGCUGGUGCGCUACCUUGGUAAAGAUUCAGCUAAACAAGCCAAACAAAUGAGAGCUGUCAAUAUCAGAUGCCCUGAAGUUGGUUUAGCUAUGGCUUGGGACAGACUUGAAGAAAUAUAUGGCUCCCCAGAAGCUGUAGAGCAAGCUCUCUUUCAAAAGGUCGACAGCUUCCCUAAAAUCACACUUAAAGAGCCUUAUAAACUCCGUGAUCUUGCCGACCUAAUGUUAGAGCUAGAGACAGCUAAGUUGGAUGGUUACUUACCUGGCUUGUCCUACUUAGACACAUCAAGAGGGAUCCAAGCGAUAGUUGAAAAAUUGCCGUACAGUCUACAAGAAAGGUGGAUGAAUAUUGGUUCAAGGUACAAGCACGAUUAUGGCGUCAGCUUUCCCCCCUUUACUGUGUUUGUCAACUUCAUUCGCACUGAAGCCAGAACACGAACUGACCCUAGCUUCAGCGUUCACAGCCCUAACCAACCCAUAACACCAGAACGAAAACACAUGCACGAAAGGUUCCCCAAAGGGCCCAUAUCUGUUCACAAAACUCAAGUACAGGACAAGGCAGAUGCAGAAAAAUCCAAAUAUGCUGUGAAUCCAAAUAAACAGUGCCCAAUUCACAGCAAGCCUCAUCCUCUGAAAAGGUGCAGAGGGUUCAGAGAGAAACCCUUGGAAGAGCGCAAACAGAUCCUCAAAAAAUUAAACGUCUGCUUUCGCUGCUGCUCAUCUACUGACCAUUUAGCCAAGAACUGUGAAUCAGAAACCACGUGCACUGAGUGUGACAGCAAAAAUCACAUUUCUGCCCUCCACCCAGGUCCAGCACCAUGGGAGUCUAAAUCGCCCCCUUCCCCACAGCAAGGCGGGGAGAGUGACAAAGCAGACACCCAAGAAGUCACGUCUCGGUGUACUGAGGUGUGUGGGGAAGGAGUGAGCGCCAGAGAAUGUUCAAAAAUCACACUAGUGAAUGUAUACCCUGCUGGACACAGAGAGCAAACAAAGAAAAUGUAUGCAAUCUUGGACGAUCAGAGCAAUCGAUCGCUGGCACGUUCCCAGUUCUUUGAUGUUUUUCAGAUCCAAGGAGAGAGUCGCCCGUACAUGUUAAAGACGUGUGCCGGACUCACAGGAGUAUCAGGAAGAAGUGCUUCUGGCUUUAUAGUAGAGUCAGUGAAUGGAAAGGCAAGUCUUCCUCUGCCAACACUCCUCGAAUGUAACGACAUUCCAGAUAACCGCUCUGAGAUACCAACUCCAGAAGCUGCCCAACACCACGCCCAUCUACGACAGAUCGCUAACUUGAUCCCGCCAUUAGACCCAAAUGCCGACAUACUACUACUGCUGGGAAGAGACAUGCUUCGAGUCCACAAAGUCCGGGAGCAAAUAAACGGCCCAGACGACGCCCCAUUUGCUCAGAGACUCGACAUGGGUUGGGUCGUGGUAGGUGACGUCUGUCUCGAUGGAGUGCACAGACCCCCACACGUGAACAGCUAUAAGACUUUCAUACUGGAGAAUGGCCGUGCAAGCCAUUUUCAGCCAUGCAACAGUCAAAUAACUGUUAAAGAGACAUUCACCAAAGCUCCUGAGCGCAGUCACAGGCCCUCAAGCCUUCCUGUGUCAGGAUGUAAUGUGGACAGCAUUGGUCAGCAGGUUUUCACACGAACAGCGGAUGAUCACAGACUUGCACCAUCAGUUGAGGAUAUGCAGUUUCUCCAAAUAAUGGACUCAGAGUUCUAUCAGGGCAGUGACAAUAGCUGGGUUGGUCCUCUGCCUUUUCGAUCGCCACGACAACGGCUCCCGAACAACAGACAACUGGCCUACGAUCGCCUUAUGUCACUCCGGUGCACUCUUGAAAAACGACCUGAAAUGAAAACACACUUCUGGAGUUUAUGGAGAACAUGCUUACCAGAGGACAUGCUGAAGUGGCACCAGCUCUCAGUCAGAACCAGGAAUGCUGGUACUCCCUUUGUUUGGAGUUUACCAUCCAAAGAAACCGCCAAAAUUAGGGUCGUGUUCGACUCAAGCGCCCCAUAUGAAGGAGUCUCUCUCAACGACGUGUUGCUAACAGGCCCCGACCUCAACAACAGUCUUGUUGGGGUGCUCAUAAGAUUCAGAAAGGAGCAGGUGGCCAUAACGGCGGACAUUGAACAUAUGUUCCACUGUUUUGUUGUCAAAGAGAGCCACAGAGACUUUCUCCGCUUCUUGUGGUACAAAGAUAACGACAUGUCAUCUGAAGUUAUAGAGUAUCGCAUGCGAGUGCACAUUUUUGGGAACAGUCCCUCCCCCUCUGUUGCCAUAUAUGGGUUGAAGAAAGCAGCAGCGACUG